AUGGCGAGAACAUUCCUCGACAAGUAUUUUCCCGCAUUCAAAGCCGCCGGGGUUAGAAGAGAGAUCUGUGGAAUCCAGCAGAAGGAUAUGGAGUCUUUAUACGAGUAUUGGGAGCGCUUCAAGCGCCUUUGUGUAAGUUGUCCUCAACAUGAAAUUUCUGAUGAAUUACUAAUUCAGUAUUUUUAUCAAGGUUUGCUACCGAUGGAAAAAAAGAUGAUGGAUGACGCGAGCGGAGGAGCUAUAGUGAACAAGACGCCAACACAAGCGAGGACUUUGAUAGACACCAUGGCGGAAAACUCCAAGCAAUUUGGAGUACGGAGUGACAUUGGCCGAGGCGCUAGUGAGCUUGCCAUGGGUAAUAUGCCUCAAGUCAAGGCAUGUGGAUUUUGCUCAUCAGUAGCACACCCCACCGAUGCAUGCCCAACUUUACAUGAAGAAGAAGAAGAGAAAGUGAACGCCAUUGGGGGUGGCAACUUUCAUAAUUCAAGCAAUCGGGCUCCCGAACCUUUCUCGAGCACAUACAACCCCGGUUGGAGGCAACAUCCGAAUCUGAGCUAUGCCCCAAGGCAAGGACAAGACGAAUCCGAAGGCAAAUAUGAAUGCCGUCAUUUGAGAAACGGAAAGGAGCUUCAAGAGGUUGUAAAGAAGAAGAAAGAAAAGGUUCAUGAGGAAGAAGAAGAGUUAGAGGUCAAGACAUCCACUUCGGGUGCAAAGGAUGUCAAAGAAGAGGAGUUAAAGAAGAAGACACCCGAAGUGAUAGUUCAAGCACCGCCAUUCCUGAGCCGGUUUGAGAAGACAAAGCGGGAGAGUGAAGAGAAAGAGAUCCUUGACACAUUUCAAAAAGUUCAGGUAAACAUCCCUUUAUUAGAUGCAAUUAAGCAAGUUCCUAGAUAUGCUAAGUUUUUUAAAGAGCUUUGUACGAAUAAAAGGAAACUAAAGGGUAAUGAAAAGAUAAGCAUGAGUCAAAAUGUGUCUGCUGUUUUGCAAAAACAGUUACCACCUAAGUGUAAAGACCCGGGCAUGGCCCUAAAGCCAACUAGUGUGGUAAUCCAAUUAGCGGACAGGUCUAUUGUCUAUCCUAAAGGGGUAUUAGAGGACGUGCUAGUUCAAGUGAAUGAAUUGGUCUUUCCGGCAGAUUUUUAUGUUAUAGAUAUGGAGGAGAAAAAUGCCUCCAAGGCCGGUAUGCUUUUGCUAGGUUGA